GAGGAUUCUGUGAUAUAUUUUUAAGUGCCAGGACAUGAAACAGUAAAUCCCUCCUUUCCGCACUCCUGCCUCCUGCCAACAGCCCCGACUGCUGUCCAAGCCAGCCAGUUAAAGGGUUAACUAUAACUGGAUGCCUGAAUGGCUGCCUUACUGAUCCCACGGAGGAACAGAGGGAUGAGGACUCGCCUGGGCUGCCUGUCUCACAAAUCAGACUCAUAUAAUGAUUUCACAGCUAUUCUUCCGGACAAGCCCAACCGGGCUUUGAAAAGACUCUCAACGGAAGAAGCCACAAGAUGGGCAGACUCUUUUGACGUCCUGUUGUCCCAUAAAUAUGGGCUGGCUGCUUUCCGCGCUUUCCUGAAGACUGAGUUCAGCGAGGAAAACCUGGAGUUCUGGCUCGCCUGCGAGGACUUCAAGAAGACCCGCUCGGCAGCCAAGCUGGCCUCCAAGGCUCAGCGGAUCUUCGAGGAGUUCAUCGACGUGCAGGCUCCUCGAGAG